AUGGGCUACGUGUUGAGGUUCGUCAGCAACUGCCGAAGGCCACGGUCACCCGAUCGUGUGAAGCAAGCCCAUCUCACUGUCGAAGAGCUACGUCAAGCAUCGGAAGCAAUCGUCAAGGUGAUUCAACAAGUGCACCUUGGUGAUGAAAUUCAACGACUGGUCUCCAAUCAACCAUGCAAACGUCUGGGCAACCUGCGCCCGGUGUAUAAAAACGGCUUGCUGCGAGUCGGAGGGCGAUUGGAUCGGUCGAAACUACCGUUUGCAGCGAAGCAUCAACUCAUUCUUCCCGACAAGGAUCCUGUAACGAGAAAGUUGAUUAGUGCAUUGCAUUUAGAGCAUCUUCACAUCGGUCAAGCAGGUUUCAUCAACAUCAUUCGGCAGAGGUACUGGCUUCUGAACGCAAAGUCUACUGUGCGACAACUAAUGGGAAAUCUACCGACAUCGAGAAUCGUACCAUCGCCUCCGUUCGCAGUGACUGGUGUGGAUUAUGCCGGUCCGUUUCUGGUGAAACAAGGUUCACAUCGUCCGAAGCUCGUGAACGCGUAUGUAGCAGUCUACGUGUUAAAGAUAUUCAUCAGUCGAAGAGGAAUGGUCCAACAAAUUCUUUCGGACAAUGCAACAAAUUUCCACGGAGCAAACCACGAACUACACGAGUUGUAUCGGCAAUUCCAAGAUCAACAAACUGCGAAGAAAAUCCAACAGUUCUGCCAAGCACGUGAGAUACAGUGGCAUUACAUCCCGCCGGACGCACCAGAGUUCGGUGGUCUCUGGGAAGUGGCGGUUAAGGCGACGAAACCCCACCUGAAGAGAGUCGUAUGCAACGUGAAGCUAACAUUCGAAGAAAUGGCGACCAUCCUGACGGAGAUAGAGGCUAUCCAAACUCGCGUCCGUUGUACAGCGUGUCCAGCGAUCCUGCAGAUCCACAGGUAA